CGCUAUUGCUAGCCUCUCCGAAAUUAUCCUAUUACACCUUUAAAAUAGUUUUGUUCCUAUAGUGUGUGGAGUGCUGUGAUGUGAACCUUUAUUUUACCUCUACAAAAUGUCAACAGACUGACACAGACGUCAAUAUGCAAAUAAAGAGAAAGAGAGGUGGAAAAAUAUACAAAUAAGGAGGAAGAAAAAUAUGAAAAUAAGUUGAGAGCAGUACACAAAUGAUGUGAUGAUGAAUGAGGGAUGAGAGCAGAUAUAAUGAUCACACUGUUUAAAGCUGCAGACAGAAACAUCAGACUCAGGACAGAAACACACGACCUCUAAAAAAUGGAGCAAACUCUAUAUUUCAUUCUUCUUCUCAUUGCUCUCUGCUCCGUAUCUGAAUGUGUUCAGCGUCAGUAUCACUUUAUAAACGUGAUGAAGACCUGGACUGAAGCUCAGAGAUACUGCAGAGAGAAUUACACAGAUCUGGCCACCGUUGACAACAUGAACGACAUGAUUGAGCUGAAGAAGAGUGUGAAUAAUGAACGUGUCUGGAUUGGGCUGGAGAGGAAAUGGCAGUGGUGUUCAGGUGAUCCUGCGCUCUAUCUGAACUGGGGAACUGGACAACCUGAUGGCAGAGAUGAGUGUGGUUUUAUCACAAAUGGACAAUGGCAUGAUUGGCCAUGCAGUAACAGCCUGACUUUCAUCUGCAGUUCAUCUAACAACAUGAACACAGGACUCGUCUUUGUCAAUCAGAGGAUGAAUUGGAGAGACGCUCAGAGUUACUGCAGACAGAAUCACAUUGAUCUGGUCAGUGUGAGGAACCAGAAUGAGAGUCAACAGCUUCAGAAGUUCAUUAGUGAUCAUCAUUCACCUGGAUCAUGGAUCUGGAUCGGUCUGUUCAGAGACUCAUGGCAGUGGUCAGAUCAGAGUAACUCCUCAUUCAGAUACUGGUAUACUGGUGAACCUAAUAAUGAUGGAGGUUAUGAAAACUGUGUAGCGAUUUAUCCGAACACUCAGGGACAAUGGAUAGACGUCUCUUGCAACAACCAAUAUCCUUUUGUGUGUCAUGAAGAUAAACUGAUUCUGAUCAAAGAGAAUCUGACGUGGUCUGAAGCUCUGAGAUACUGCAGACAGAAUCAUACGGAUCUGGUCUCGGUCCAUUCAGAAGAGAUGCAGCGUCGUGUGAUGAAUGUGGUUAAACAGGCGUCUACUGAGGCGGUGUGGUUGGGUUUACGUUACUCCCACAUUUUGGGCCUCUGGUACUGGGUGAGCGGAGACACCGUGUGCUAUCAGAACUGGGCUCCAGGGAACGGCACAGGAGAGGAAGAGUGUGAGCGUACAGUGAGAUCUGGAGCAGUUCAGUCUGGAGGAGAUCAGCGCUGGAUCAGCCGUCCUGAGACUGACAGACUCAACUUCAUCUGCAGCAGAUAUGAAGAGUGAAGGAUACGUUUGUGCUGUUCUUUCUUUCUUUUCUUUUUUUUAACUGGCAAACACUUGUAAUGUUUUCAUCAGAUAAUGUGCUUAAAUCAGUACAAUGAAAUUAAUUUCUGUAACUGAAGAGUAUCAUAUGAGUCUUCAUGUAUCUAUAUGUAUUUUAAAGACCCCAUGAAAUCAAAAUGAGUUUUAAUCUGUGGCUUUAAGCUACAUUUACUGUACAUUUAAUUUUUUCCAGAAAAACGACUCAAAAAUAUCUUCAACUCAGACUGUUCAAUCAAACGUACUUGCAGUUAAAUAGAAAGUAGAAAAUCAUGGUUCAAAUAUUUGGCAUAAAGCGUAUUGGAUAUUUAAAAGGAAAAUCAAAGUAAAGCACAAUCCACAUCAGCUGAUUUCAUGGGAUCUUGGGAUUCUGGUGGUGUGGAUACUUUCUUCUACUCACUCCUGUUUUGCACUAGUCAUAUCUUUACUUGUUUAAAAGUGAUUGUGAGCAUCUAUUUGUGUCUCAAUGAAAUGAAAAUAUGGUUUAUUCUUAAAGAAAAACUGAAAUAAAUGGAGAGGGACAAAACAUGGAGGAGUGGUUCACUCACUGCAUUGAUAUAUAUAUAUAUAUAUAUAGGCCUCCUUGAUUAUAAUAAGAAUUUUCGGUAACACUUUACAUUAAGGUUCCCUUUGUAAAGGGUUUAUAAAGGUGUUUGUUAAUGAGUAAUAAGUCAUUUACAAAUGCAUUAUAAAUCAUUAAUAAUGCAGUUAUAAAUGCAUGAAUAAAAAGGGCGACUUUAAUGCAAUACCUGCCAAAUAGUGAGCCGUUUUUAACUCACAUGUUAUAAAUGCUUAAUAAAUGUAUUUAUUAACACUUAUUUAACUCAAAACCAGAUUCCUGGUUUAUUUCAUGAUGCAGCAAAAAUUGACUAUCAUAAUUAGACUGAAGGGUGUUGUAUUUGUGCUUUUCUUAUUAAUAUCUCAUGACUGCCACUUUUCUUACUAUGUUGCUUACCAGAAGUUUCUGUCUUACCCAUGAUACUCUCCAAAAAAGUCAUGAUGCCUAUCCACAGCAGUGUAUAAAAACUGAUUUCUUGUUUUUUUAAAGAUGAAAUUCCAACUUUAUUUUGAAAAUAAAACAAAAGAUAAUAACCAUAACUUGAUUAGAUAUUAAUAAUGAAAAAUUUAAUUCCAGUAUUAGUUACCUGUGAACCUUAAUGCAGGGUGGACACUUGUGAACCAUUUAUUCAUGAGUUAUAAACAUUAAUAACCUGUGAAAGUGAAACUUAAUGUAAAGUGAAAACCUGUGAACCAUUUAUUGAUGAGUUAUAAACAUUAAUAACCUGUGAAAGUGAACCUUAAUGUAAAGUGGAAACCUGUGAACCAUUUAUUAAUGAGUUAUAAACAUUAAUAACCUGUGAAAGUGAACCUUAAUGUAAAGUGGAAACCUGUGAACCAUUUAUUAAUGAGUUAUAAACAUUAAUAACCUGUGAAAGUGAACCUUAAUGUAAAGUGGAAACCUGUGAACCAUUUAUUCAUGAGUUAUAAACAUUAAUAACCUGUGAAAGUGAACCUUAAUGUAAAGUGGAAACCUGUGAACCAUUUAUUAAUGAGUUAUAAACAUUAAUAACCUGUAAAAGUGACCCUUAAUGUAAAGUGGAAACCUGUGAACCAUUUAUUAAUGAGUUAUAAACAUUAAUAACCUGUGAAAGUGAACAUUAAUGUAAAGUGGAAACCUGUGAACCAUUUAUUAAUGAGUUAUAAACAUUAAUAACCUGUGAAAGUGAACCUUAAUGUAAAGUGAUAACCUGUGAACCAUUUAUUAAUGAGUUAUAAACAUUAAUAACCUGUGAAAGUGAACCUUAAUGUAAAGUGGAAACCUGUGAACCAUUUAUUAAUAAGUUUCAAAAAUUAAUAACCUGUGAAAGUGAAUCUUAAUGUAAAGUAAACACAUGUGAAUCAUGCAUUUAUUAAUUAUUAAUGUACACACAGAAGAUAGUAUUUUUUUCUGAUGAAAUAUUUUAUUUUUGAUGCAUGUAUUAGUAAACAACUUUAAACUUGAAACAAAAAA